UGUAGGGGUCCACAUGCCGGGCUCCGAGCUGCAGCGCCGCGCCCGCCUUCUCUACUCAUGGCGGAAACACCCUUUGGCAUCAGCUCUAGAGCCCCGUCCAGACGUGCCUCACGAGCGAGCCCCCGCUAUCUCUGUGGUGCCCACUGCAGCCUCGCGGCCCAGGCUGCCUGAAGCCACCAGUUCUCCUGGAGCUCAGCACGUACGAGAAUCGGAGACGUUCACUGCAGCGUCCCCACCAGGGCAGGAGGUACUCCCCGCUCUGGCUGACAGUCAGGAGCUGGAAGAGCCACCUGCCCCUUUCGUGGCCCCAGAACAUGAGCAGCGCCCAGCCCCAGCCAGAGGGGUCACGGAACGGCUGGAGCAAACACCUCCUGCAGCUGAGCAACCAGCCUCAGCUCCCCAACAGCAGCUCAUGUCCACUGCAGCCCCACAGGAUGAAUUCCCUGACCUUGUCAUUGCGUUCUUUGUCAUUUCUGUAGUUGUUAUAGAAGCAUUUACUGUCCUUAUAUAUUAG